AGGAGAAAAUUGGAAAAUUCCAUUGGUUAUGAGGUGGGCUUGGACUUGCUUGAUGUGAGCAAGCGACGUGCAUUUCUGUAACAGCAGGUCGAAGUAGGCCAUCAACAGAAGAAGCCUCAGGCCCUGGUAGAGAACGUGAGACACUGACAGACCUGUCUCGUGUUCUAGUGUAGAAGAUGAUGGCAUUUUCGUAAUUUUAUAUAUUAGAUGGGUUUUAUUAUGAACCUUGUUGUUGCCGCUGAUGUGUCGAAUGAUCAAGUCUUUCAUCUUCCGACAGGGGUCAGAUUAGCGAGAUUGAUCAGGUUUUACUAUAAGAGUUCUGAUUACACGGUUCAGAUUUUUCGGUGCAGUGUGUGGAUGGGGACCGCAUAUCUACUUUGUACUUCGUACUUUGCGCGGGGCCGAUAAAGAGACCUGUUGGAGGUUCUCAGUGUUUCAAUUCAAAACCAGAUUCGUGAGCGAACGGAGCGGAGAGCUAUACAAAGAAGCUCAUCCGUCACUCCGCAGCAAAGGAACUGAGAAACAGAGGACGCAGCGAUCACGAUUUGAGAAUCGCGAAGCUUCGGACUAUCAAUCACCACGAGACAAGAAUUUUGAGGAGCUGAAGAAGCAUAAAGACUAUAUAGAUGGAACGGAUUGAAGGAUUUUACGAGAACUAUUCAAAGGUAACUGGCAGUUUUCCCUCUAUCAAUCUACAAAACGAUCACCAAUUACUUCUCAACAGAUCCCGCUAUGGCUUAACGUCGUUCGCGAGCUCUCCUCUUGAUUCUCGAACUCCCGAUCCUCUCGAGAUGGAAUCUGCACUGAUGCAUUACCCUCUCGCGGCAGCAGCUGCGGCAGCCAUCGUUCCUUCUCCUAUCGACGCGUUCUCACCUCCUGUCAUUGAUUCGAGCAAGUUCCAUCCGCGACUGAUGCAAAAGUACCACCACAGCCCCAACUUCUCCUCUCGUAGCUCUUCGCAGUCUCCUCUACCUCUGUCGAUAAUAGACAACCUGGAGACCCCGCCGUCGAGGUCCCCUCCUUUGUUUACUACACCUGUGAAAGUCGAAGAGGACGUACUGGUGAUGGAUGGGAUUCUUGUUGGAUCGGUGCCGGGAGGACGUUCAAGGUCGGGUUCAGAUUCUGGCUCCUUAUCUCCGGGAAACAGCCUCUAUAAGACGGAUAUUUGCCGGACAUGGGAGGAAACGGGGAGUUGUCGCUACGGCACCAAAUGCCAGUUCGCUCAUGGAAAAGAGGAACUGCGUCCCGGCCGUCACAUAAACAAGAACAGCAAAUCCGAACAAUCCAAAUCUUGGAGCACAGGCUCAUCAAGCACGAAAAACCGCCUCCCUCGCCAUGUCACGGCAUCGGUAGCGUCUGCGUCACCACCACUGGGGAUGAAGAAAUCAACGGUGAAAAUCAAACAGGAGGAAGAGAAUGAGAAGACAACUGCUGUAGAUUGGUCACCAGCAGAUGACGGCAUCGAGAUUCAAAUCCCUUCUUCUUCCAAGAAGGAACCUGUAUCCAGGGAAACAGUUGACUCGUACAUUCGCGGAGUUCUGUAUGGCCCUUCGAGUAGGAGAAGACUGCCCGCUUUUGCUGAAAUCUGCCCAGAGUAGACAUCGUUAGCUUCUUCCCAUGAACGGUUUUCUUUUUCUGAUUUUACCCCCUUUUGAUUAGUCCCCUUUGAAAAAAAUAGGAAACAAUACCGACACCUACAAAACCUUUUUGGGUUUUACAGGGGUUGCUGUUUUUCUGAAACUUUCAGCAACCCGCAGUUCAAUUUGUUUUGACGCCGGGUAACAGAAUUUUUCCUUUUUCAUAGUUUAGCAAGAAAGAAUAGUUGGACAGGAUCCACUUAAAAAAAAAAAAAAAAAACAAUUCUUUGUUUGUU